UGACUACGAGGUCGUAAAUCCGCCAUGUUUUCCUUGCUGAAGCGUUGCGACAGAGACGGAGGUCUGGAACGACAUGACUGAAGAAAAUAAUAAUACGGCAGCAACAGUUACCGACCAAACGGAGCAUAGCAACAUCAUCACCAUCCAAACCACUCUUGGAGACGAAGAUGAGGAUAUUCAUAAAUGUGGGAGAUGUCUGGAGGAGUUCUCCGCUCUGGAUGCUUUCAUCCAACAUAAACUCAACAGGAACUGCAAGCGUCCUCUGCAAGACCAUCAGACAAAUGUUGUCCAUAAUGAAGGUGAUUCCAUUGAGGUGAAAAUAAAUGAAAAUGAUUGUUCAUCUGAUGAAGCGGGAACAUCCAGUGCAGACAAGACAGAUAAAAGGGCGACAGCUGGAGGAAAAAAAAGAAGCCGCUCUGCAAGCGAGGAUGACAGUCCUAGUCCUGCAAAAGUGGUUUGGAAGUUAAACGCAGAGGGACGAUACAUCUGUGACAUUUGUGAUAAGACGUUUAAAACGACAAAUAUUCUGAGAACCCACAUGUUCACGCACACCGAUCAGAAGGACUUCAAGUGUGAAAUAUGUGAGACUGCGUUUAGGACCAAGGGUUCGUUGAUCCGACACAAGCGUCGACACACAGAUGAGCGCCCGUACCGCUGCAAUCAGUGUGGACUUGCGUUCAGAGAGUCCGGAGCUCUAACCAGACAUCUGAAGUCUCUCACGCCUUGCACUGAGAAGAUUCGCUACAGUCAGUGUAAAGAGAUACUUGUCAGCAAAGAUGGAGUUCAGAAAGAAGUUCAGUCGUCACCUCCUGAACCUGAGAAGGAGCAAAUUCCUGUUGUGAGAGUUGUGGAAGCUGGCCAGGAGAUCAUCCAGAUCGAGGUGGUAGGACAAGUGCAACAGGUGGUGUCUCAGCCUCAAACUGCGACUGUGGUUGAAGCCGACAAUCUAAUCUGCCAGGCCAUCAUCAACUCUGGCAUCGCGCUGGAGACCGAAGCCACAGAGGCAGCCGAGCAGGCAGAGGCUCGAUCACCUAAAGCGAUCCUGCAGGCUCCCGAGGCCGAGGCCAGACUCACUGACAUCCAGGUGACAGAAGAGUGUGUGGAGACCAUGUCCGAAGAGAUGCAGGAUUCAUCUGUGAAGGAAGAAGAACCUGUUGAGUCAAAAUUAUACAAAUGUCCGCACUGUGAGCGCAUGUUCAAGACAUUGGCCUACCUGAGGGUCCAUGUCAAAGGGCAUGUUGGUUAUAAGCCAUUUAAGUGCUUAACAUGUCAGAAGGAGUUCCUGACAGGCUACGUGCUUAAGAAACACAUGGAGACGCACAUCAGCGAGCGGCGGUACAAAUGCGGAGAGUGCGGCAAACAGUUUAAAGCCAUCGGACAUGUGCGGGAACACAUGAGAGCUCAUUCGGACGAGAGGCCGUACCACUGCAGCUUCUGUGACAAGAGUUACAAGACCAAGAAUGCUCUGCAGGUCCACCAUCGCACUCAUGCAGAUGAAAAGCCUUACGUGUGUCCGCACUGCUCCCGUGGCUUCCGGGAAAAGAGCGCUUUAGUGCGUCACAUCCGACAUCAUACGGGAGAAAAACCCUUCAAGUGCUCGAAAUGUGGGCGGGGCUUUGCUGAGCAUGGAACGCUGAAUCGCCACCUGCGAGCUAAAGGAGGCUGUUUUGCUGCACAGCAGAAGGACUCUGAAAACACAGGGAGCUCUGAGGAGCAGGAGAUGACGGCUGAGAACGUCUCCACCACUAUCGUAUCGGACGACCCUCAUGCUGUGCUGGUGGAGUUCUCCUCAGUAGUGGCUGACACUCAGGAAUAUAUCAUAGGGGCACCAGCUGAGGAAGCAACUCAAGGGGAGGAAGUGGCAAUAAUUCAAGACAAUCAGCACCAGAUGGACAGUCACAUCAUGAAGGUUGUGCAGCAAAUCGUGAGCCAAUCACACGGAGGCCACCAGAUCAUCGUGCGUAACGUGGCUGCCGACGAAACCCCCGGCAUCUCGGACUGCGGAGACACCAUCACAAUCGCCACACCAGAGAGUUUGACCGAACAGGUGGCAAUGACACUUGCAAAUGCCAUUAGCGAUGGCACAAUCCUUACCACGACAACAGAGGGCGCUGUCGAGGCGCCCCACACCACAGUUACCAUGGUAACAUCCGAGAACAUUGAGCCAAUUGAGCAGGAGGAGCAGUAUGUCAUUGCUUCACCUGACGAAAUGGAAAUCCAGACUGUGGUAGUGGUAUAAGACACAGGUUAAUAUCUUUUAACAGCGGUGGUGUAGCAUUUCCGUUCUCUGUGAGACUUUAUUCCACAUGUUUUGCACUGCAUGAGAAAGGCCUUAUGGAUUCAUAAAUUUUGCUUAUGGAACAUUUCAGUGUUAAAAACUUUGUGUUUGGGUUUCAAGCUGCAGGUUAUACUAAUGAGCUACUAUGCCAUUUUCAAUGGACAGUACAGCCAUUUGACUACAGAUAUUACACACCGAGAUUUAUUAUACAGCUUUUAUGGCAGUGAUGCCGGCAUACCGACAUUUCUCUCCUGCUGAAUGUCAUAUAAUCAUAUACGACUAUCAUCUACUCAUCAUGAAUAUGUAACAUAACAUGUUGCCACCAAUAGAACAACUGGCAGGGAAUGAAAGUACAAAAUAUGAAAUAUAUUUUUAUGCACCUCUGUAUUUUUUCAGUCAUUGAUCAGUUCUCAUUUCUGCAUAUUUACUAAUGCACAAUUUGCACAGUCAUCUCCUAAAAGGAAUAUUCUGUGCGCAAAAAGCAUGUUAAGCUUUAUUGACAGCGUCUCUGACAUAUUUCAUCCGCCAUUUGACAAAAACAAAUAAAAAUCACAUGGAAGUCUA